CUACCUAAUGCAUAUUUAUCCGGUGAUGCAAUCUUACGCAAUGCUACAAACACAAGGUUGUUUCCUUCAUUAAGCAACCCGUAUUGUAGAAGUUAUCUGACGCCAUCAGUUGCGUUUACACAAGGUGAGACAGCCCAGCCUGGGGACAGACAAUUCCGCUCGGAGGCAUCAAGUGCCUGCUGAAAGAUGGAUGAUGAUGACUUUGGAGGAUUUGAGGCAGCAGAGAGUUAUGAGUUUGGAAAUGGUGAAAAGCAGACCACAUCUCCUGCUAUUGCUUGGGCAGCAUUUCCUACAGUACCUGAAGUCCAUAGAUCUGCUGAUGUUCUCCUGGAGCACUCUGUGCCUUCUUCCUGCCUGCUUCCUUCUGACCCUUUCAUUUUAUCAAGUGACAAUGUGACAACAGUUAUUCAAACAGGCAAGGGUGUGAUAAAUCCAGCUGUUCCUGAAGAGCAGGCUCAAGCAGAUGUUCCAGUUGCCUCUUCAAAUGCAACUGAAGACAAGGCUUUAGCUGCUGUUGAGACAAAAAGAACAAAUGAACCCAAGAGCUGCUUUCAACAAGCUCUUGCAAACCUUGAAACCAAGCUCUGCAGUGCUGAAGAAGAAAAGCUAAAAAUCAAAAAGGAAUUGGAAUAUUUGCUGGAAAAACAUAGUGCUCUAGAAAUGGAUUUUUUGAAGGAAAAAAAAGAAAAAGUGCUUCCACAUCAAGACCAUUACAAGACACUCCAGGAAAAGCAUAAGCAGGAAUUAGAAGACAUGAAAAAAGCUGGACAUGAAGCCUUAACUAUUAUUGUUGAAGAAUUCAAGGCACUGCUACAAUCUACAGUUCAGCAGCAAGAAGCAGCUAUUGAAAAGCAGUAUAUAUUAGCCAUUGAAAAGCAUUCUCACAAAUGUCAGGAGCUCCUUGAUGCUCAGCAUCAGCGACUUCUUGACAUUUUGGAAGCAGAAAAAGAGGUGUUAUCAGAAAAGAUAGAAGAAGCUAUGAUGCAGCAGUCACAAAAGCACAAGGAAAUGCUGGACAAGUGUUUGGAUGAAGAAAGACAGAGAGGCAAGGAGGCUCUGGCAGCUGCUGCAAAGGCUGAAAAAGAAGUAGUGCAGGAAGCUGUCCUGAAAGCAGUGGAGGAGGAGAGGAGAAAUAUGGAGAAGAUUCAUGCAGAGGAAAGAAAACUGUGGGAAGCAGAACGUGAUAGUCACAGAGAGAAGAUUGCCCAGGCUGUUUCAGAAGCCAUGCAAGAGCAAAGAAAGCAGAAUCAGGAACUUGUCAAGGAAGCAUUACUGGAGGAGCAGAAACGAAGUGAAAAGGCAAUUGAAGAAGCAGUAAAAAGGACAACAGAGGAACUGAUGGAAUACAUGAAAGAGCAGAAGAGGCUUGAUGAAGUUGUCCGUCAGAGAAAUCUGCAUAGUUUGGAACUUUUCCUUUCAUGUGCACAGAAGCAGUUAAAUGUUUUAUUAAAGGAAGAGCCAACCCUAGCAGAAAACAGAGACUGACAUUCUCAGUGCUGAUGAUACAGUGUGAUUUGUGAAGCUGCAAAUCUCCAUCUAGCAAAUGAUAACUGUAUUCCAGUCUUUUUGGAUUGUAUCAUUGAGUCAAGAUUGAUCUGAAAUUCUUGAUAGAAAUGUUUGUGGAUCAUGUUCUUCUAUUUAUUUAUUUAUUUUACUACUAUUAUCAGAUAGCAAAUGUGAGAGGGAAAAAAAAUCCUUGGAAAAAAUUAGUUUAUUUAGGGUUUGUUUUAUUUAGGAUUUUGCUUUCAUUAUAUUUUCUAGUAGCCCAUGUCAAAAGUUUCCGUGUUAUGUCUGAAAUUUUAACAUUUCCCUGUUAUGUCUGUUUUAAAUUUGGCACCAUGUGUUAAUGUGAUUCACUGUUAUUUUUUUUAAAAAUUGGAGACAAACAUUUAGUUGAUUAUAGGUACAAAUCCAUCUCUAUUUCUAAAAUAUCUACCCAAGUCCAUUGCCUCAGGUGAACUUGAGUAGCUUAUUAUUUCUUACUGCUUUUGAUGUAGAACAGAAGAAUCAAUACUGAAACAUAAGUGUUGUCAGGCAUUUUUAAGUCAUUUAUAAACAAAUCCAGCUCUAGGAACAGAAAAAUUUAAAAACUAAACAGUCUGUCUGUUUAGGGUAGUGUUAAACAUUACCAUGACCAAUGUAUAGUAUGUAUUUUAUUUCUGUUUUACAGAGUUAGUUCAACUCCAAAAGUCAUUUUUCUCAUGAAAUUGCGAUUAAUAUGACUGACCUCAGUUUCAGGAAGAAGAUGUAUGUAAUUAUGUGGAGACUGAUACUGCACUGCCUCAGUGGAAUUUCUGACACAACAAGGAGUGCAGCCUGCUGACCUCACAUGCCCUUUCUGAGCGCAUCCAAGGAAGUAGAAAAAUUCCCCACUGACAUUACUGGACUUUGGAACACUCAUAGGACUUUUCUGGUCCUGCAAACAGCAGAUGGAAUGGAAUUUCUGUGCCUACACUCUAUUGAUUGUAGAACUGGGGCCUUAGCUGUAAAAGAGCUCUGAAUGAAGUAAAGGAAAGUAAGUGUUCAUGCUUAGGUACUUAAAUAAAGAAUGAUCUCUCUUACAGUGAGCUUAUGGACAUUUUUUAAGUGUGGUUCUUCUUCUUUGGAGGUGUUUUGGGGUUUUUCAUUGAGCUGAUUUUUUUUCAUCAGCACUUUUCAUAAAUUGCUUUCUUGUAGUAAUAAGGAACACCAAAUGAUUGCACAUGUAUGAAAUAUGUACUUUAGAACGUUAAGGUUUUUAUUUAAAUUUUUCUGUGCUUCAUUUUUGUAAUCAAACCCAAAGGUUUUGUCUUUGGUAUACACAAAGGUUCAUUGAAGAAGUAAAC